AUGGGAAACAGAGCCAUCUGUGCAGAAUCUUGGUGCUUCCAAAGAGGAACAAUGCAAUGCACAUGCAACAAUCAAAUCUACUGCUCAGAGUGUCUUGCCAAACAUAUGAUGAGCUUGCCAGACGUUUCACACAAUGCGACAUCAUUAUCUUUGAAUUCUUCUAGGAGCUUAUACUCAGAUCCAAAAUCCAAAAUUGUGCUGAAGAGGCUGCGAUACCGAACUCCGGAAGGAAACACAGAAGUCUAUGACGGAUACAUUAACCAGCAGCUUUAUGCUGUUAAAAUUCAGUACUGCCGAACAUUUGAAGAUUUAAAUAAAAAGCAGGAAGAAGCUGCCUUACAAAGAAGCUUGAAGCAUAAAAAUAUUUGCAAAUGCGUAAGAUCUUAUUUGGAUGAGUCAUACACACUUGGAUACAAAUUUGUGAUUGUAAUGGAAUAUGGGAUCAAAGAUCUAGACAAUGAAAUUUUUACAAGGAUCAGUGAAAAAAACCCAUGAUCUGAGGAGGAACUGAUGAGGCAUAUGAAUGAAUUAAUUGAUUCUCUUGCAUUUAUGCAAGAAAACAAUCUUGCACAUAGAGAUAUAAAACCUGCAAAUAUUUUGCUAUUUCCAAAUAAUAUAUUGAAGUUAGCGGAUUUUGGGUUAAGUAUACAAGGUGAGGAUAUUUUAAACACUCAAGAUUAUAAAAUAGUAGGCACAGUCGCUUAUCUUAGCCCUGCUCUUAAGCAAGGAUUCAUGGAUAUUUGGGAAGGCAAAAACAGCACAGGUGUAGUCCGGCACAAUCCGUAUAAAUCUGAUGUAUUUUCACUAGGGCUAAGUUUUUUGCAUAUGGCAUCUUUGAUGCCACCUAUAAGCUUGAAUACCUGCCACGAUGGGAUUUUUGAGCUGCAGCAGAAAAUAAGAAAAGCCAUAAAAUGCUUAAAAUACUCCAAAGAAGUCAAAAUAAUUUUAGAAGCAAUGCUUGAAGUGGAAGAAGAAAGAAGAAUGGAUUUUCUGAGCCUAAGGGAAUGAAUAAAUUCUCUUGAGCCAAUUGAGGAAGAAGACACACUUGUAGACUCUCCAAAAUUCCAGUUUAUUCCUCAGAGUGAAUCUAAAACAUUUGAGGAUCCCAGAGAAGAAUUGAAUGACUAUAUUGAUACCUAUACAAUGCCUUCUGAAAUAAAGUCACUAUUUCAAGAAGUUCUUUCAGGGACUCUUCCCGAGAAGGUGACUAUUGAGAUGACUCUAACUCCAAUUAAUACAGAAAAUAUGUGCAAAGUUCUUCAAUACAUACCAAAGUUAAAAAUUCUUGAAUUAAAUAACUGCUUGCUUGGAGAGCAGGGAAUUCGGCAUUUAGCGCAUAGACUAUCAGAACUCACUUUUUUAGAAGUACUUUCGCUUGGAAAUAACAAUAUUCAAUCAGAGGGCACAAGGCUGCUAUGUGAUAGCCUUAUUCAAUUGAAAGCUUUAAAAAUUUUAAGGUUGUGGAAUAAUGACCUUAAAUGUAUAGGAGCAAUGCAUUUAUCUCUUGGGUUAACCUAUUUAGUUCAAUUGGAAGAGCUUUAUCUAGCAGAAAAUGAAAUUAAAGUUGAAGGAGCUCGAUAUUUAUCGAAAAAUCUACCGAAAUCUUUGAAGAUUUUAAGCAUGCCAGAUAACAUGAUUGAAGAUGUUGGCGCAAGAUUUCUAACUCCUCACCUCUGCAAGCAAGCAAAAACCACUGGAGCAUCCCUAUUUUUGGUAAAAAACCCACCAUCAUGUGAGUGAACAAAAAAUGCUUUAUGAAAAAUAAUUUUGAUAGCCACACAUGGGCUAACAACAUUUUUUGUUCGCUCACAGAGGGUGAGGAGUAAGUGGUGCUAUAAAGCAUAUGGCUAACCUUAAGCAGCUAUAUUUAGACAACAACAGAAUUGGAAGUAUGGGGGCUAAAUAUUUAGCCACAAAUAUUCCAAGCUCUUUAAUUUGCUUAAGACUUAGCCGUAAUUUCAUAUCUGCAGAAAUUAUGCCGAUAUUCAAAGAGCUGACCCCAAAGUUGAAAUUGUCAAAGAAUAAAACUUCAAGAUUUGCGUCCUUAUUGAUGUGCAAAGUCCGAUUUGGCUACACCUUUUCGAUCCCUGUGGAAAAUGGCGCGAAAUUCGCCCCAGAGAGGUGUUUGGGUAGCUAUGAUCGAGCAAACUGGUAGUGGACGUUAAAUGUUAUAUAGAUAAAUUAAGAAGAAGACUCCAAAGUUGAAAGUUCAAUUUUGAUAA